GGAGUGGGCUCAGCCGUGUGCCAACUACAAGCAGUCCUUUAUCAGAUGAGCAGUAGCUACCAGGAUAACAUCUUAAUAAAUAUCUGCUGGGCUGCUGUUGACUCCUGUGAUCGGAUCCCAGCAGAUUGCUGCUUGUUGUCUGUCUAUGGAUGGGAUGGAGGAGCAGUCAUUGCACAAGGCUGUGUGUUGGGUAUAGUGUUCUCUCGGAUUAGGACAUCACAUUCCCAGCUCUGACAGAGCCUUUGUUCAUUAUAUUUAUAGCAGCUUCUGGUCAUUGUUGAGCAAAGGAGAUUGCCCUGCCCUCUGGCCCUUUCCUAAGCAGAUUUUGGGCAGAAGCUCCUCUCAUGUGGCACUAAUUGAAAUGAUUGGUGGAGGGGGUGUCGCUAGCUCACUGUGCCUGACUCAGGCUUAUCUGCUAGGGGCUAAGCAAGAGGAGGAAAAAAAAAAAAGCUUUGCCUCAUUCCAGCAAGGCUCAGGGCUCCUGGCCAUCUGUGCUCAGUUGGAAUCAAGACACACAUAGGACAGCACUGAGAGUGACCCUGCAGGUUUGGAACACAGCAUUGUCCAGUGGAGGAGCAGGGGAAAGCACUCAGCAGAUUUACGUUGAUUUGUCUUGACUGAAGUGAAAAGGAUUAUUGAAUUUAGACUGAGUAAAUAAGAAAGGAGGUAUCAAUCUGUUGCCGAGGGUUGGAGAAAAAGUUCCAAGAUGAAUAUGAACGACACAAACGCACCAGAGGGGGGUCUUAAUGUCACAUUGACAAUACGGUUAUUAAUGCAUGGAAAGGAGGUGGGGAGCAUCAUUGGAAAGAAAGGUGAAACGGUUAAGAAGAUGAGAGAAGAGAGUGGUGCUCGAAUCAACAUUUCAGAAGGCUCCUGCCCGGAAAGAAUUGUAACAAUAACGGGACCAACAGAUGCAAUUUUUAAGGCAUUUUCAAUGAUUGCGCUCAAAUUCGAAGAGGAUAUUAAUGCUUCCAUGACAAACAGCACAGUGACAAGCAAACCACCAGUCACGCUGAGGCUAGUAGUCCCUGCAAGCCAGUGUGGUUCACUUAUAGGCAAAGGGGGUUCUAAAAUUAAAGAGAUCCGAGAGUCCACAGGCGCCCAAGUUCAAGUAGCAGGAGAUAUGCUGCCAAAUUCCACAGAGCGGGCUGUAACUAUAUCAGGGACCCCUGAUGCUAUCAUUCAGUGUGUUAAACAGAUCUGUGUGGUUAUGCUAGAGUCGCCGCCGAAAGGUGCCACUAUCCCUUAUCGCCCAAAGCCUGCCUCUGGACCUAUUAUUUUUGCUGGAGGCCAGGUAAGAGCGGACACCAUUUUGGCCUCAGCUGGAAAUCACACCGUCCUGGCCCAACCUCAGCCAGCACCUGCAUUUGCAAUUCAAGGGCAGUAUGCCAUUCCACAUCCUGACUUGACCAAGCUUCACCAGUUGGCUAUGCAGCAUACCCCUUUUACUCCCCUUGGGCAGACCACCCCUGGUUUCCCUGGGCUGGACGCUACUUCACCAACCAGUUCCCAUGAACUUACUAUUCCAAAUGAUCUAAUAGGUUGCAUUAUUGGCAGACAAGGCAGCAAGAUAAAUGAAAUCAGACAGAUGUCAGGAGCACAGAUCAAGAUCGCAAAUGCGUCAGAAGGCAAUGGAGAAAGACAAGUGACAAUCACAGGCUCCCCUGCAAAUAUCAGCUUAGCACAGUACCUCAUUAAUGCUAGCUUAGAGAUGGCUAAACUGAGCACCCAGACUGCUUCCGUCACGACCCCUGUUGACCUCAACAUGAACCUCUCUCAGUCUACCACCCCUUCCUCCACCCCCACCUCUAUGGCUGUGUUGGCGGCAGCUGCUGCUGCCUCCGCGGUUAACGUCAAUUCCCCUCCCCCCCUAUCAACUUUACCGACCACCCACUAUGCUGUUCCUGUCUCCAGUCUGCUUGGCAUGAAAACUGUCCCACUCCUGGCAUUAAAUGCAGCGGCCACUGCGGGGGCCACUGGGAAUUUACCUGCUUAUACUGCCAAAAUUCCAUCGACGAGUGGGGUUAAGAAAUCUGACCGCCAGAAGUUUGCUCCAUAUUGAAGGGAUGAGAACAAAGCUCUACCAAGAUUCUGUGGUAGAUAAACCUAAUGGAAACAAUAUGGCAUUUACUUUUUUUUUCCGUUUCAUUUCUUUUUGUUGAAUUGCAAGUGUUUAUUGUUGCCGAUUCAAUUUUUGUUGUCCUCCUUUUCAUGACUAUUAACCCAAAAUAGUAACUAGUUCCAACAGAUUAUGUUUUGUUUUGUUCUGUUUUAGAUUUUUUUUCUUCAAUUCAGUUGUUUAUUUUCAUUUGCAAUUUGCUUUUAUUGUUUAUUUAUUUAUUUUGAUGCAGUGGGGUGGGAUAAGUCGUGGAAAAUGGUGAGAUUAAGUGAACUGGCAUGUUUGCCUUGCAAAAGUUCAGAAUUUGAAACAUUUUGAAGUAAAGUACAUAUACUAACAAACUAAAACAAGCAAACACAAACCAAAAUAAAAAACAUACAUUAAUAAAACAGAAUAAAAUCCAGUUAAGCUUACCUUGAUCAAGUGUAUCAACUUUUAU